GAAAGAUGAGCAAUGCUGCAUGUGAAGAGCAGGCAGAAAGUUCUCAGUGAGCUGCAGUCGGGAGGUGGGGUUUGAAUGGAGGUAGGAAGAGUGGCAGCAGAGUGUGUUUGAUUCUGAGCCUGGGUCAGGGUGGCAGGGCUGAGUUAUUGCUUUGGGGUGGACUUACUGAACAGGGUGAUGUAUUGCUUUGGUCAUCUGAGGGCCAGAGGAGCGCCAGCCUCCACCUAGAGACGAGCAUUUGCAAGCGGUGGUGCGUGCGUGCGUGCGUGGACUCACGGCGUUUCAAGGAAGGAAGAUGAAAAGCUAGGCAUAGACUCCAUCCUCGUCUGCACCCGGCUGCAGGACCAGAAGUUAAGACACAACACAGCCUCCCCCAGGCCCUGUCUGGGCUGGGGGCAUCUGGAGGAUGGAUCCAAAUGCUUCUGUCCUCCUGGACUUGAAGGUGAACUGUUCCUGGCCCUGCAAUGACUCCAGCCUUGGUGCGGAGUUCCCUGGGGCCGAAGACUGGCUCCACCCGGGGGUCCUCUGCGUCAUCCCCGCAGUCUACGGGGUCAUCAUUCUCAUCGGCCUGGUGGGCAACAUCACCUUAAUCAAGAUCUUCUGCACGGUGAAGUCCAUGCGAAGUGUGCCCAACCUGUUCAUCUCCAGCCUGGCGUUGGGGGACCUGCUCCUUCUGGUCACCUGUGCCCCCGUGGAUGCCAGCAGGUACCUGGCUGACAGAUGGCUGUUUGGCAGGGUCGGCUGCAAGCUGAUCCCCUUUAUCCAGCUGACCUCUGUGGGGGUGUCUGUCUUCACACUCACAGCUCUGUCAGCAGACAGGUACAAAGCCAUCGUGCGGCCAAUGGACAUCCAGGCCUCUCACGCCCUGAGGAGGAUCUGCCUCAAAGCCGCGUUCAUCUGGAUUGUCUCCAUGCUUCUGGCCAUCCCCGAGGCUGUGUUCUCUGACCUGCAUCCCUUCCAUGAGGAGAGCACCAACCACACCUUCAUUAGCUGUGCCCCAUACCCACAUUCCAAUGAUCUGCACCCCAAAAUCCACUCCAUGGCUUCCUUCUUGGUCUUCUACGUCAUCCCGCUCUCCAUCAUCUCUGUCUACUACUACUUCAUCGCCAGGAAUCUGAUCCAGAGCGCGUACAACUUGCCCAUGGAAGGCAACAUCCAAGUCAAGAAACAGAUCGAGUCCCGGAAGCGGCUGGCCAAGACUGUGCUGGUGUUCGUGACGCUCUUCGCUGUCUGCUGGCUGCCGAACCACGUCAUCUACUUGUACCGUUCCUACCACUACUCGGAGGUAGACACCUCCAUGCUCCACUUUGUCACCAGCAUCUGCGCCCGUCUCCUGGCCUUUACCAACUCCUGUGUGAACCCCUUCGCCCUCUACCUGCUGAGCAAGACCUUCCGGAAACAGUUCAACACCCAACUCCUGUGCUGCCGGCCCGGCCUGCUGAGCCGUUCUCACAGCACCGGCAGAAGCACCACCUGUAUGACCUCCAUCAAGACCACCAACCCUUCGGUGGCCACCUUCAGCCUCAUCAAUGGAAACAUCUGUCAUGAGGGCUUCGUCUAGACGGCCCUGUCACCCUGCUUGUGCUGAGUGACUGGGAAAGCACCCUCCCAGCUGGAGUGGUCUUUCCCUCCUGGAAGACUCUUGAGUGAUGGAGGUGAGUUGGGGACAGGCCCCGGUGGAUGAAAGAGGUCCAGCAAAGCCUACAUGAUCCAUUUUCAUUCCUGCCCACUUCCUCUGACAUAGAACAAACCUCCCCCUUUUCAGCAAGGUGAGCAGAUGAGACGUUCUUGUUUUAAACAUUCAACUCUGCUGUACAGAUGCAGCCAAUUAAAGGCAGGCCUCUUCUGAGCCGUCACAGGAUUUAUGUGACAGAAAUGAGGUGUUGACCGCCCUUUUGUGAAAGCCUUUGUCUUGUCGUUUCUUUAAGCAGAAGCCAGUGCUGUACCAUUGUCCUUUGAGUCACUUUCCAGGAAUAUUGACAACCACAAACCAAGGAAAAACUUUUGAUGCCGCUUGAAACAUGACAAGUCCACCCCGUGCAGGAGCUGCAUGCAUGAGGGAUGGUCUCCAAAUUGACAGCACUGGCAACCAACUUAAAACAAAUCCUUGAGUGUUGUUUCUCAGAGAUUCCACGGAGGAGACAGGAGAAACACACAACGUACCACUUGAAGGCAAAACCACAAGCAAACACCGGCAGGUCUCUAAGAGCCACGGGCCUGGCUGCUGGAGUAAGUUUGCACUAGAUGCAGAACCUUUGUGCUGUUACCCAGUUUUCACCAUGCACGUGCAGACCCUGCAGAGAAAUCUUUUCAGGGGAAGAAGCCUCAUCAACGAUGCUAUCAACCCAUACAACACCAGCGGUUGUGUCAAGUGUGAUGUUUCUGUUGGAUGAAUGCACCUGUUUCCAGUCAAAUGUGGUUUACUUGGAUUCACUUGUCUUUGCUAUGUCAAAGCAGUAGCUUCCUGUGACGAAAACAACCACCGCCACCACAACAAACUCACUUCUGUUUGGUCAGAGAAGCAUGCUUACGUUUAGCUUAUACUUUGCCCCAG